UGAUUUCAAGCUGGCAUGUAGUGUCAUCAUCUCAUGAAAUUAUUUACAGUAGAGCAAGCUGUGCUUCCAUUUCCCCGUCUUUAUUGGUUCUGUUCUGGUUGAGUAAAAUUGGAAAACAUCCCGCAGUCAAACAUGGCAGCGGCGUCGCCUCUUUCAGCGGACGAGAAGUUUUCGUUGAUCACGAGGAAUUUGCAGGAAACGCUUGGAGCGGAGCCUCUGAAGAAAGUUCUCGAGGAGCGCGACCUGAAGGUCUACUGGGGCACUGCUACCACAGGCCGACCGCAUGUUGCCUACUUUGUGCCCAUGUGCAAGAUUGCGGACUUUCUCCGUGCCGGAUGCAAGGUGACAAUAUUGUUUGCUGAUCUUCAUGCCUAUCUGGACAAUCAGAAAGCACCCUGGGAGCUGCUGAAGUUGCGUGUACAGUACUACGAAGUGAUCAUCAAGUCCAUGUUGGAGUCCAUCGGUGUUAGCACUGACAAGUUGGAGUUCAUCCGAGGUACUUCCUACCAGCUAUCAGAGAAAUACAUCCUAGAUGUCUUCCGCCUGUCAACGACGGUCACUCAGCAUGAUGCCAAGAAGGCCGGUGCAGAAGUAGUGAAGCAAGUGGAGCAUCCACUGCUUAGCGGUCUCUUGUACCCCGGUCUACAGGCUUUAGAUGAGGAGUACUUGGAUGUAGACGCACAAUUCGGCGGUGUUGAUCAGCGUAAGAUCUUCACCUAUGCUGAGAAGUACUUGCCUCAGCUUGGCUACAAGAAGCGCAUCCACAUGAUGAACCCAAUGGUUCCUGGUUUGACUGGUGGAAAGAUGAGCUCAUCUGAUGCUGAUUCCAAGAUUGAUAUGCUGGACACUGCAGAAGAUGUCAAGAAGAAGAUCAGAAAGGCCUUCUGCGAGGAGGGCAAUGUGGCUGAAAACGGAGUGCUUAUGUUCGUCAAAUAUGUCCUUAUUCCCAUUUCUGGCCGUGAAGAAUUUGUCAUUGAGCGUCAAGAGAAGCAUGGUGGAAACAUGACAUUCGAGAACUACCAAGCACUAGAAGAUGCGUUUGCCAAGAAAGAGGUCUACCCUCUGGAUCUGAAGAAUGCUGUUACCAUUGCAUUGAACAAGCUGAUGGAUCCUAUCCGUGCAAAGUUUGAUAACAGUGCUGAGCUGACGGAGCUCCUGCACAGCGCCUACCCAGAGUCAAAGAAAGCUGCUCCUGCUGAGGCAAAGGCAGCAGCUAAAUCGGCCAAGGCGCCUAAGCAGCAGGCAGCCAAGGCGGCAGAUAGGGCCGUGGACGUCUCGCGUCUGGACUUCCGCGUUGGCCGUAUUGUAUCGGCAGCCAUGCAUCCAGAAGCAGACAAGUUGUAUGUCGAGUCUGUUGACGUCGGCGAAGCAGAGCCGCGUACGGUUGUGAGUGGUCUUGCUGGCAAGGUACCACUUGAGGAGAUGCAGGGAAGGCUGGCAGUAUUGCUGUGCAAUCUAAAGCCUGUCAACAUGCGCGGAGUCAAAUCGCAUGCCAUGGUCAUGUGCGCUGUCAGUGAGGAUGGCACAACAGAUGUGCUGACUCCGCCAGCAGACUGCGCUCCCGGUGAUCGUGUCUUCGUUCCAGGCUUUGAGCAUGAGAAGUGUGGAGAGCCCGACCAGGUUCUGAACCCAAAGAAGAAGGUAUUCGAACAGAUCCAGCCUGACCUUCGCACACUCGAGGACAAGACAGCUGGCUACAAGGGCAUUCCGUGGCAGACAGCGAAGGGCCCAGUUGUGUCAUUAUCCUUAUCGGAUGCCGUCAUUCGGUAGGCUGCUCCAUCGCCUAUUUACACCCGUGCUUAGGCCCGAAUCAAUACUUCUUUUCCCAGUUGGGCCAUGUUCUUUCUCCCAGUGCACCAAGUACGAGGAGUCACUUGAACAUUUACCAUGACAGUCUGAUUUUAUUUUUAUAUUUUAGGAAAUUUACCCUCUUCUCCGUUAGUUGUAGCUUUCAGGCACUAGUCCUCUGACGAUUUCUUCCAGCCUUCAUUCAUGCAGUUUUCUAUCACCUGUUGAAGCAGCUGAUUUCACCAGAUUUUCUGUGACAUAUAAUUUUAUGAGCGAAUGGCUCCGUGAGUGAGGUGGACAGAGAA